AUGCAGACAGUUGAAGCUUCACCUCCAGAUGCUGUAAACAAGUAUGGGAAGAGGAUGUUCAACUUGUUUACCUUUUGUUUAGAAUGUUUAAAUCUAUUCUUGAGCAGGAGGCUGGAAAGUAGGAAGAAAAGCAGGCACACAAAGUUCACAAAAUGAGGAACCAAAGAGACAAUGGGGAUGGACUAAAUCUCAUGUAAGAUCUACUAACAAAAGGAUUUUGAGAUACAUAGCAAAAAGUUCUGGGACUUCUGGGGAGGCAUCAUGGCCACUUAGUCAUCUUGGUUGACAGAAAUAAUUGAGUGGUGAUUAACGAUAGAUACUGUCUAUCAUAUUAUCUCUGAGGAACAGAGAUAACGGGGAAUAACUUCCAAAUGUUCUGGAAGGAUUGCUCCCUGCUGUGGGAGAGAGCCUCUGCCAGUCAGUGUUGAUGAUAGAGGGUUAGAUCAGGGAUCAGCAAGGCUUAACGGGCAUGGGCUGGAACACUCCCGCAGAGAUCCUCUGUGGGCCGGACCGAUGCAGUGCGACGCCAAAAACUGCAUCUGCACAUGUUCGCGGCACCGGAAAUCGCUUCUGCGCAUGCCCAGAUACAGAAAAUUGUGCCUGCGCAGAAGCAAUUUCCGGCAUCUGCGCAUGUGCAGAAGCGAUUUCCGGUGCCGCAAACAUGCGCAGAAGUGAUUUCCGGAGCCACGGAAGAGAGUCCCCGUGCUGCACUGCACCGGUUUAGUGCAGUGCGUGGGGACUCACCAAGUGGGCAGCUUGGUUCGGGGGUGGCUCAUGGGCUGGUUAAGCUUCCGGCCCAUGGGUCUUAGGCUGCCUACCUCUGGGACAGAUUAACAGAAAGACUGUCUUAGUAGAAGGCAGCUUCCUGAGUUUCCUAAUUAGGAAGGAUCACUCCACCUCCCUUUGUUUAUUUGGAGCAUAUUUUCCAGGUGCAGUUCUAUGUAUAUUUAGUUACUCAGGUGAAAGUCCCACUCCCCUCAGUGGGGCUUACCUUCAGGUAAGAGUGUACAGGAUUGCAGUCUUCAAGCAAUCAGGAGAGGGAAGUAAUAAAGAAACAGUACCAGUUUGGGUACAGGCAAACUGUGAAGCUAAAUGCAUGCUUCAGAUAUAUUAUUGCGGUAAAAGAGCUGCCAAAGGCAGACCAUAUGCUGAAGGCAGCCUAGUUAGCUGAAGAGCUGUCAACAGCGAUUAAAUUCUGAUUUUUAAUAAGUGCAGGCAACAGAAAAUUUACUGCAGAACCUUCUAUUUAUGGAACCUUUCAAAUUCUAGCAACAAAGGAUGGAACAGUUGUGAAUUCAGGGAAGCUGGAAUGUUAAUGAGAAAUUAGCAUAACAGAGGACGGAUACAGGUCAGAAAGCUCCGGAAAGGAACUGCUUGUCCUUUUUAAUUAUCCUAUUUACAAUUUGUUUAACUGAUUUAAGAAAGACUUGCAUGGAAACAUAGCCUAAGAUACGGUAGGUUUUAUUUCCUGCUUCUGGUACACAGAGGCAUAAUAUUAAGGCUACAAUCUUAUAUGUGCUUACCUGGGAAUAAGCUCUUGUAGACCCCUCACCUCACAACAACUUACCAACAACAGCUGGGUGUCUGUUUGAUAAUUAAUGGCAUCAGAUCAGGCAUGGGAAAUGAAUUUAACCCCUUCCUCUCCUGCUACAGUCCUUGGAUGAAAUCUCUGUGCUCAAGUGCUCUCAAUGACCUUGACAUCUCUCACACCUAGGGAUGUGGUGGAGCAGGGACAACGUUCUGACACUUAUUUCUCAGCAGGGUCAGUGUUGCUCUUCGCCAAUCCUAUAUGCCAUUGCUAUAUGCAAUGCCAAAUAAAUAAGCUUUUCUAGUAGAGAGAAUAAUAAGCUAAGCAGAGGAAUUAAGCAUGGCUAAGCACCAGAGUGACUCUUAACUUGAAAAAUUCAAACCAACCAAAACCAAUCAAGAUGUCACAAAACAGUAAGCAAGGGUUUGGGUCUACUUGACCUCUCCAGCAAAGUGUGAUGUGGGAGUGAGAAAAAGGCUGCAAAACUAAGUGCACUUACUAGGAAGUAAAUCUGAUUGGGCGGGCCUGUAAGAAAAUAUGCAUAAAUUUAGUUUGCUUAAAUGGAGUUAUUUUGGAUAUGAUUGCCAAUGCGUCUUUAACAGCUGUGUGGUAAGAAGAACUUCAGUUGAUGAUGCUCAUCCUGCUGCUUUAUAGAAUCAGAGAAUUCUAGAGUUGGAAGGGACCCCAAGGGUCAUCUAGUCCAACCUCUGCAAUGCAGCUGGCCACCCAGCCUCUGCUAAAAGAAUCUCCCAGAAAAGAGAGCCCAUCACCUCCUGAGAGAGUCUGAUCCACUGUCAAACAGCUCUCACUGUCAGAAUGUUUUUUCUUGAUGUUUAAUUAGAAUCUCCUCUCUCGGAACUUGACGCCAUUGGAUCGGGUCCUGGCCUCCAGAGCAGGAAAAACAAGAUUGCUCCAUUUCCCAUGUUACAGCCCUUGAGAUAUUGGAAGACGGCUAUCAUAUUGCUCAUCAGUCUCCUUUUAUCCUGGCUAGACAUACCCAACUCCCUCAUAGGGCUUGGUUUCCAAACCCUUGAUCAUCUUGCACACGUUUCAGCUUGUCAACCAACUUCUUAAAUUGUGGUGCCCAGAACUGUACUCGGGACUCUAGGUGUGGUCUCUGACCAAGGCAGAAUAGAGUGGGACUAUUACUUCCCUUGAUCAGGAUGCUAGCCUUGAUGCAGCCUAGAAUAGCAUUAGCUUUUUUUGCUGCUGCAUCACAUUGUUGACUCCUGUUCAGCUUGUGGUCUACUAAGACUCCUGGUUCCUUUUCACAUGUACUGCUGUUCGAGAACAGCAGCUGGGAAGAGAAGAGUUCAGGGAUAUUUUUUCAAAACAGUUUUAUAAGUUGUGUGUCUUUGUUUCUCAAUUUGAUCUUUUUGCAUUGUUUUGUAUGUUUUGUGGUAUUUUAUGCAUUGUGGUUUGCUGUUAUUUUUAUUGAUUAUAAAUUGGUAAUUAUUGUGGUUGAUAAGUGUGAACUGUUGAUAUUUAAUUUUACUGUUUACUAUUAGGCUGGAUCUAGACACAACAAAGAAGCAUUUCAGUUAAACGCGUUGUGAACUCAUACAACGAAAUCCAGUUGUGUCAGGGGCUGGUCUGAAUCAGAAGAUGGGGGAAUGCAAUCGCAGGAACAUCAGCUUCUAACAGAAGAGGAGGGGGAAUAUUCAACACCCCCACCCCACCCCAUUUUCAGAGUCUCAUGAAGCAGAGAGACAGGCAGAUUUGAGAAUGCACAGCUGAGACAGGAACUGCCCAGCUUUGAGAUAGUAGCUAAGCAACAGGAAGGAGGGAGGCAGCUGGGCGAUACAUCAGUGGGGGGGGGGCUAGGUGGCAUGAGUGUGUCAGAGAAAAAAAGAGAUGCAGGGCGGGGGGGACAUCCUCUUGGAAGACUAAGAAAGAUUCCAGCAUAGUCAUUUUUUUCCAAUUUUUUGGAAACAAAAAAGCUUCAGGUGAAAAUGUUAUCUCCCUGCAAGGAGUCCCCUGCCAGAGGCUAUCUUCAGGUUCUGCCUAUGAACCCCACAGGGUGGGGGCAAAAUCCCUGCAUCAGUCCCCUUCUCCUAUGGGUAGGCAUAGCAGUCCUGGGCACAGGAGACAGGCACCCCAGAGGGGAAGCCCACUGAAAGAUCUUACAUAUAGGUGAAAACAGCCUGGGGCCUGGGUGGAGAUGGGCCUGUGAAGCAGCAGAUGUGAAAUAAAACUGUCCCUCCAGCAUCCCAGAUGUGAAUCUCUGCCUUCUUGGACUGUGCUGUCAGGUGUGGGCCCAUGGAAGACAGAGAACCUUUGGGGUUCCCUUCCCCUGACAUUAAUGCACAGGGGUAUGUUAAAAGAUCAAGAUUGGAACCGUGAUUCUGUGGAGUUGGCAAUGAACUCUUGGCAUUCUAAUAACUCUUUAAGAUGUGGUAAAGGUUGAAAGGAUAAACUUCAGCAAUGCACAGAUUACAUUGGAAGGUAACCCUUCCCUAAACUUCAUUUCAGUAUGGAGGUCUCCUUACCCCACUCCUCAUGCUAUUGAGAGAUGGCCUGGGUAUGUCGCCAAUGGCCACCCUGUUGAGUGCUAUCCAGGAUUGCCAUAUGUCCAGUUUUCCCCAGACCUGUAUGAGAUUCAAAGGGUGAAAUCACCAUCUGGGGGAAUUUUUUAAAAAUCAGCAAAAUGCCUGAGGUUUUGCAAACAGAACCAGGAAGAGUGUGUGUGUGUGUGUGUAUCACUCUUUCCUUUCCCCCAUAUCUAUGGACUCACCUGCUCUCUGUACAAAGACUUGCUUUGCAAGCAGAGCCAGGAAGUGUGCAUGCAAGGAUCCCUCUUCACCCUUUCCUCUUUCUAUGGUGUGCCCCCAUGGUGCCUGCUGGGAUGGGGCAAAUCAGCUGAUGAAUGGCUCUCCUGCCAGGUUGGGGAAAGCCCCCCCCUCCUGGUUUCAUUUCACUACUUUUGGCCAUUGCAUGAUUUUAUGGUAGAGGAAAGGCAGGAGGUCUGGCUGGUGAGUUGCAUCUGGGGCAGGAAAAGAUUCUGCAGCUGUUUUGGAGGCGGCGCCUCAGGAUGAGUGGUGGGAAAUCCUUCCCCCACCUGUUUAGAACAAGUCUCUCUCUCCCCCCUUAAUGAACAGUGAAGUUUUGCAGAGUCUGCCUGCUCUUCACCUUUCACUCCUCUUCCCAAGGUGUGAAGGCGGCUUCUACACCCUGUUGCUUCUGCGGGGAGAGCUCAUGCCUCCCUCAGCGGCUGGAUUUGACAGGUCCGACAGUUUGCAAGCAAGGAUCAGGCUGCUAGUACACUUAGCAGUCUGGCCGAGAGAGGACCUCUGAGCAUGUACAGACGUUCUACCACCCCAAAAGAGCUACAGUGCCCAUAAACAUGUGCAGAGAGAGUUUAAGAACACAGGUAAUGUAUGUGGGCCUUUAAACAAUUGUAAACGCUUACGCGGGUGGCGUUGGGGUCUAAACCACAGAGCCUAGGACUUGCCAAUCAGAAGGUCGGCGGUUCGAAUCCCCGCAAUGACGGGGUAAGCUCCCGUUGCUCUGUCCCAGCUCCUGCCAACCUAGCAGUUUGGAAGCGCGUCAGAGUGUAAGUAGAUAAAUAGGUACCUCUCCGGCGGGAAGGUAAACGGCGUUUCCGUGCGCUGCUCUGGUUUGCCAGAAGCGGCUUAGUCAUGCUGGCCACAUGACCCGGAAGCUGUACUCCGGAUCCCUCGGCCUAUAGAGCGAGAUGAGCGCCACAACCCCAGAGUCGGCCACAACUGGACCUAAUGGUCAGGGGUCCCUUUACCUUUACAGUUUGCAAAAAGAAGAAAAGUGGCUUUACUUUGUUUUUUUCUUGGAAAAAGGGCAACCCUGGGCAGAAGGGUGUUGUUCUUUUUCAAAGUUUUUUUAAAAAGCAUUUUAACCCCCCCCUCCUUUCUCUCCUUCAUCAUCUCACUUUCAAUUAUCGUGCUGCUGUUAUUGGUACCUGCAUGUUGCUGAUCUUUCGGGUUCUGGCGGAUCAGGGCUUGAUACCCCAACUGGCAGGAAGAAGUGUUUUUAAGGGGGAGACAUCAAGGAGUGCAAGUAGGAUAGUGAUGAAUAGUUUGGCUACAUAUAAAGACCUCCAGCCACGUGGCUAAGGUUUAUGCACCGUGAAAUAACAGGCCGUGCUCUUUCACGGGUGGGUGUCUGUGCAUGAGCUUUCCUCUGUUUUGCUCUUCAAAAUAUGGCUGCUAUCCUCAUGCACCCCAAAGAGCAACUCGCCUUCGCUUCAGGGGGAGGCCCAGCACUGUUGCAGAGCAAGUGUGGGAUGGGUAAAAGAGAGGAGAAAAUAGGAGUGGGGGCUCAGACUCCAAUAACAGAAGAGGAGGGAAAAGAGCCCGUGUGAGCAGAGAAACAACCUGCUCUUAUUAUUUUACUGUGGUGCCUGCACUGCACGGGGUUGGACUAGAUGGCCCUUGGAGAUCACUUCCAAAUCUUCAAUUCUCUGUUUCUAUGAAGUGCAUAAAAAAAGGGGUGUUAACACGGAGCUAUUUGAAUUCCAAUACUACUCUCUAGGCACAAGAUAAUGCUUACUGAACUUAACAUGACGUUUUUGGUUAACCUUUUCUCGUUAAAUUGAUUUCUAGCUGUUAAUAGUUUGCACCUAGUGCAACUUCACCUGGCUCCGCUGCUGCUAAUUCCACCCUGCUCUUGUAUUCUGCCUUCUGCUAUCCUGUAUUUGCUGCCAAUUUCAUGCUGCUGCGGACCUGGCGCUGUUGCUCUGUGAUGGUGGUCUUGACAGGGUGCUCUCCUCCAGACUGUCAUUUUGUGUGUGGGAGGGAUUCACAGACAUACUGGGAGUGUGCCAUUUAAGUGGAUGAAACCACUCUGCCGCCCUAGUGCAACAAAUCUAAUUUUAAAAAAUCCCAAGAUUUUUUGCAGUUCAGAAAGUGAUGGUAAAUGCUCUGAAAAGUGCAGGAUGGCUAAUGGGAAAAUGAAUAAGCCCUGCCCAAGCAAAUCAAGAUGAAUGCUCAUUGUUCUUGGAAAUUUAGCAGAAGAAAUGCUCCGUAAAGACUGGGCAUAGCCCAGUCCAGUUGUUCUCAAAGGGUUUGGCAGGAGAGGAAGGCAAGUGUGGUGGGGAGAUUCAAGGGCAAUCAAUAUAUUUUGGGAAUGAUCCAUGUUCUUCUGUCACUGCCUUGUUUUAUACUUUCUGGAUGUCCAGUGAUCACAUUAUAAAGUAGUUGUGUUCUUCUAUAAAUCAAGCGCUGCUAGUUGUUGUCACUUUUUGUUUUCCAAUGUAUUUCUUACCAGUAAAAAUAUUGAUGUGGCACAAGGAAAUUUUUAUUCUGAAAAUGUGGCUCAGAGAAAAAGGUUUGAGAACCACCUCAUGAGCUUUUGUGUGAGUAAAUCAGGAUGAAUGAUUAACAGAUUGUCAGGAGCUUUCAUGUCACUUUGAUCCCACUGAACUGAGCUUGUGAAGUAUGUUGCAGUUGAGCUUGAAUGAAUUAUUUUACUCCUCAAAUGUCUUUUCUUUCAACUGAUCUUGCUCUGUCCACUGGAUCUUUUAAAAAACAAACAAACAAUUAAGAGUCUUACUCUUUUGUUUUCUUUUCCUAAUGGGUACUGUUAGCCAUACCCAUAGGCUUAAGUCCACUGAUUACAAUUCUAAUUAUAACAUAGUAAAUAUUACCCAUUGAUUCUGAGAGUAUGGAUUCAAGCCCAUUGACCAGCAAAAUUAUUUUGAUAUGUUUUUAUUUUGAUACAUGUCAAAAAGGGAGAAAAAGUUAUGGAAGAACUGGAAGAGGAUGGAUGUUUGUCAGCAGAACGGGUAAGAGCUAUAUUUUCAAAUGUUAAAACUAUGAAAACUAUGAAAAAUAUAUUAAAAAGCUAAAACCAAGUGAGGAAAUAUUGGAGAAAAAUAAGAAGUUUAAAAAUUCAGUUCAUUAAUGGAACUUGUGAAUUUUGUUAAUAAUAUUUUAUAGAAGGUGGUUGUUUUACUGAUGAUUUGUUAAUUGUUAUUCUGAGGUUGGACUAGAUGACUCUUGGGGUCCCUUCCAACUCUACAAAUCUAUAUCCUAAUUCUUUUAAGUGAUUUAUGUUUUAAUUGCAAUGUUCUAGUAUGUUAGUUAUGUAUUGUUCAUAAGCAGCUUUAUGACUGAAUGAAAAGCAUUGAAAUACGGUAUAAUGAUUAUUUCAAACUUCUUGCUCCCUAUAUUUUGCAAUCCCCCCCCCCCAAUUCUCACCAGUUCAGAAUUCCCCUCAAGUCUAUAG